GAAAGUGAAAGUAAAGUGUGAAACUCCACCGCCCUUUUUUUCUCCGUUAUUUCUGGAACAGACGCAGUGUUACAUUCUGUUCGUUGACAAAUUAGCCUUUCAACUGUUUUGGUUUAUGUUUCUAAACUCCUAAUAGUUUUAUUGACCAGUUACAAACAGCUUUACCUUGGCGUCAGACUUGUUUUGUUCGUGAAAUGAAGACCUUUCCGACCUCUGCGGUCUGGUGUUUUGGGAUUCUGUUCAUCAGUGUAUCAUUGUUAACGACAGGGUUGUCUGAGGUUCAGGUUGUUGGACCGGCUGACCCAGUCGUUGCCUUAGCUGGUGAUGACAUCAUUCUACCAUGUUCCUUGAAACCCAAUGUCAGUGCUGAGGACAUGACAGUGGAGUGGACAGGAUUGUACCUGACAACAAGAAACGUCCAUCUUUACCGUGACGGUCGAGACUCCAAUGAGGAGCAGUUUCCAUCCUACAGGGGAAGGACAUCAAUGUUUCAUGAAGAACUGAAGAACGGCAACGUCUCCUUAAAGCUGAACAGAGUUACUCUCUCUGAUGCUGGAAGCUACAGGUGCUUCAUUCCAACACUGAUGAAGGACACCACCGUUCAACUCUUUGUUGGUGCUGUAUCUCAGCCAGUGAUCUCUAUUGAUGGAACUAAAGGCUGGGGGGUGGUCCUGAAGUGUGAGUCUGGAGGCUGGUUUCCUGAACCUGAGAUGGAGUGGCUGGACAGUUCUGGAACCAUCCUCCCUGCUGAUGGACCUCCAGAGAGACACAGAGACUCAGAGGGCCACUACACUGUGAGACAACAUGUCACCGUGGACAAGACUGACACCAACAGGUUCACCUGUAGAGUUCACCAGACGGAGAUCAAUCACCUGAAGGAGACAGAGAUUCAUGUCCCAGAUGACGUGUUUCCUAAAUCACAAGUAGGGUUGAUUGUUGGUCUAAUAGCAGCAGCUGUUAUAGUUCUUCUUGCAGCUCCAGCUGGUGUCUACAUGUGGAGAAAACAUACAGAGAAGAAGAUUAGAAAACUACUGGAGGAACAAGGUGAUGCCCAGUUUGUGGACAUUCACAGUGUUCACCUCAGUCAGAGGGUUACCAUGGUGAUUCCCAUGGCAUUUUACUUGAUCCGUUCUGAGAGGUACUCUGAGAUCCAUGCUGCCAGGACCAGACAGGACCAGAUGAGACGGUUGUACCAGGCUCUCAAUUCAAGAGAGGACUCAGGAGGGAACCAGGUGAAAUCAGACUUUUACAGGAUUCUACUGGAUCUGGAACCUGACGUUGUCUAUCACCUGGGUGCCAAUUUUGUGGACGUCCAUAAGUAUCAACUCAUUCAGAAGGUUACCAAGGUGAUGCCCAUCCUUCAUGAGCUGUUCUAUAAGGAGUUGUACUGUAACAUCAGGAUCCACCAGAUGACCAGACGGGACCAGAUGAGACAGUUGUACAAGGCCCUAGAAGAAGCAGACGACUCAAGGAGUGUGAAAUUAGACUUUUACAGGAUUCUACUGGAUCUGGAACCUGACGUUGUCUAUCACCUGGGUUCAAAUGAGGAAGAUCGUUACCUUUAUGUUCUCAUUCAAAACCUGUCUAGACAGCUGGAGGUCCGAAUACAGAGUGGUUCAAAUGAGGAAGAUCGUUACCUUUAUGUUCUCAUUCAAAACCUGUCUAGACAGAUGGAGGUCCGAAUACAGAGUGGUUCAAAUGAGGAAGAUCGUUACCUUUAUGUUCUCAUUCAAAACCUGUCUAGACAGAUGGAGGUCCGAAUACAGAGUGAUGAACUUCAAAACCUGGCUGAACAGAUGGAGGAUGUCAGAAUAAAGAGUGAUUCAAAUGAGGAAGAUCUUUACCUUUAUGAACUUCAAAACCUGGCUGAACAGAUGGAGGUCCGAAUACAGAGUGGUGAUGCCCAGUUUGUGGACAUUCACAGUGUUCACCUCAGUCAGAGGGUUACCAUGGUGAUUCCCAUGGCAUUUUACUUGAUCCGUUCUGAGAGGUACUCUGAGAUCCAUGCUGCUAGGACCAGACAGGACCAGAUGAGACUGUUGUACGAGGCUCUCAACUCAAGAGGGGACUCAGGAGGGAACCAGGUGAAAUCAGACUUUUACAGGAUUCUACUGGAUCUGGAACCUGACGUUGUCAACGACCUGGGAUCAUCUGCAUGUUCUAAUUGGACGGAAGACAAUGACUUGUAUGAACUCAAUACAAACCUGACUGGACAGCUGGACAAUGUCACAAGAGAGAGGGAUGGACUCAAAGAAGAGCUGAUUGAACUCAACGAAAAGCUGCGGAAAGCUAAAGAGACCAUCCAAUCCCUCUCCACCUCUCCAGGAGGUCAACAGGAAACACAGACUCCUUCCCAAAAGUCUGAGAGGAUUGAAGGGAUGGAGAUGAAGUCUUUUCCAGGGAGGAAGUCUGCUCCUGAGAUGGAGUCUUUACUGGGUCCUGGACUACAGAAUGAUCUGGAGGAGAUGGAGAGGGGAGGAAGAGUUACUAUAGACAAUAACUCUAUGCUAUAAGGGUUACUAUAGAGAGACUAACUUUCUAUAGAGACCUAACCCACCUAACAAAGCUGAGUUUCUGAGUAUAUAACUGAGUGAUAUGAAUCUUGGUAAGACAAAGUCAUCUGAUAAAGGUGUUAGUCAGUUCUCUAUAAUCCACUUUCAGUAGUUAGUUCUUUACUUGUUGAAGUUUUACUACCCAUGUCUGUUAUGGGUUUAUAUCCAUUUCCUGGUUAUUCUAUAAAUGUUUUCCCCAUAAACAAUGUCUUUCUGAUCCCCCUCAGGAACUGAGUUGAAUUGAAUGGAAUGAUGGACUAAUGUCUCCUGUUACAGACUCUCUUAUGUCCAGUACCUGAUCAUCAGGUAUAUCAACCAGACCACAGGACUGAUGUCUCCUGUUACAGACUCUCUUAUGUCCAGUACCUGAUCAUCAGGUAUAUCAACCAGACCACAGGACUGAUGUCUCCUGUUACAGACUCUCUUAUGUCCAGUACCUGAUCAUCAGGUAUAUCAACCAGACCACAGGACUAAUGUCUCCUGUUACAGACUCUCUUAUGUCCAGUACCUGAUCAUCAGGUAUAUCAACCAGACCACAGGACUAAUGUCUCCUGUUACAGACUCUCUUAUGUCCAGUACCUGAUCAUCAGGUAUAUCAACCAGACCACAGGACUAAUGUCUCCUGUUAGACUCUCUUAUGUCCAGUACCUGAUCAUCAGGUAUAUCAACCAGACCACAGGACUAAUGUCUCCUGUUACAGACUCUCUUAUGUCCAGUACCUGAUCAUCAGGUAUAUCAACCAGACCACAGGACUAAUGUCUCCUGUUAGACUCUCUUAUGUCCAGUACCUGAUCAUCAGGUAUAUCAACCAGACCACAGGACUAAUGUCUCCUGUUAGAAUCUGUUACAGACUCUCUUAUGUCCAGUACCUGAUCAUCAGGUAUAUCAACCAGACCACAGGACUAAUGUCUCCUGGUAGAAUCUGUUACAGACUCUCUUACACACGGUUUCCAUGGUAUCAAACACAUCAUACAUGUGGUUUCCAUGGUUUCCAUGUUUGGUGCCAUUCCAUUGGCUCCGUUCCAGCCGUUAUAAUGAGCCGUCCUCCCCUCAACAGCCUCCUGUGAACAAGACUGAUAAAACCAUUUGUUGAAAUGUUUAUAUUUCUGUUUUAGCUUCAACCUGUCAGCUUCUAUUGUAGCUUCAACCUGUCAGCUUCUAUUGUAGCUUCAACCUGUCAGCUUCUAUUGUAGCUUCAACCUGUCAGCUUCUAUUGUAGCUUCAACCUGUCAGCUUCUAUCGUAGCUUCAACCUGUCAGCUUCUAUUGUAGCUUCAACCUGUCAGCUUCUAUUGUAGCUUCAACCUGUCAGCUUCUAUUGUAGCUUCAACCUGUCAGCUUCUAUCGUAGCUUAAACCUGUCAGCUUCUAUCGUAGCUUCAACCUGUCGGCUUCUAUUGUAGCUUCAACCUGUCAGCUUCUAUUGUAGCUUCAACCUGUCAGCUUCUAUCGUAGCUUCAACCUGUCAGCUUCUAUUGUAGCUUCAACCUGUCAGCUUCUAUCGUAGCUUCAACCUGUCAGCUUCUAUUGUAGCUUCAACCUGUCAGCUUCUAUUGUAGCUUCAACCUGUCAGCUUCUAUUGUAGCUUCAACCUGUCAGCUUCUAUUGUAGCUUCAACCUGUCAGCUUCUAUCGUAGCUUCAACCUGUCAGCUUCUAUUGUAGCUUCAACCUGUCAGCUUCUAUUGUAGCUUCAACCUGUCAGCUUCUAUCGUAGCUUAAACCUGUCAGCUUCUAUCGUAGCUUCAACCUGUCGGCUUCUGUAAACGUGAAUGUUUAUAUUGUAGCUUCAUGUCAAUGUGCCAGUUUUUUAUUUGACUUUUUUAAGUGUUUAAUUUGACUCUAAGUUUUUAGUGUCACCUUGAUUAUAUACAGAGGGGUCAAAUUAUUGACACCCUUGCUGAAGAUCAUGACUAUAUUAAAUAAAUAAAGUACUGACCUAUUGUAUGCUCAAAAUAAAUUGUAAAUUAUAUGAUUUUAAAAUAAUAUAAUUGCUCAGAGAAAUAUAUUUGUUGUAAAAGGUUAGGGGUCAAAAAUGAUUGACAGCCCUGAAUCUUCAGGAGUGUGAUGAUGUCAUUACUAUGAAUAUAGAACCAGAUACUGACCUUCUGACUAGUUUAUUACUCUUUAGGGGGGUCAAUCAUUUAGAAAAUAAAUACUACUUGUUAAACUAAAUAUUUGAAUCAGAUCAAUCGUAUUAGUAUAAAAUAAUAUAAUUGACACAUGUUGAGCAGAUAAUAGAGCUCAGUAUUUAAAUUAUUCAUUUAUACAGUCAUUAUUAUCUUUAUCAAGGGUGUCUAUAAUUCCAGACCCACUAUGUUAUAUAUUGAUCAUGUAUAUGCAGUUGAAUGGUAUUUUCCAUGUAUUGAUGAUUUCUUGUUUUAAUAAACUAUGACAUCAUUGUGUGAGAAUGUGACUCCAGUGUAAUGUUUCAAAAUGUUUAAAAGUUAGUAGGUAGUGUUACUGUUUCCUUGGUGACCUGUGUUGUGGAAAUAUGAAAUAAAUAACAUAAAUAAAUAU